UGGACCUUGCAGGAAUAUUUUGGCAUGUUGGAUGAUAUUUAUCUUUUUAUUUUAUUGCAACAUUCAUGACCACUGUUUCUUCGUGAUUAUAUUAAUGUGUUUUAGCUGGAUGUACACCACUUUUGUAAAUAAGACUCAUUUUAAUUCUAUAACAUAGAUUUUUAGUCCAACUUUUCGACAUUUUCUUUGUAUAAAGUACUGAUUGGAUUCAAUAACUAUUUGUUUUUUAAAUAUAUCGACUAUUAUUUUGAAAUGUUGACAUGAACGAAUCUCAUCAAAUCAAGGGCACUUUUGAGGUCUCAGAAAUAUAGUUGUCAAAUAUAGCACUACAAAUGUUACGUUCUGAAAAUCUCAAAAUACAACCAAAAUGCAAACUUUUUAAAUUAAGACGUUAAAAAAUAAAUUUGUAGUGAUUGUAGAUUAAAGGAUAAGCCAAAAUCACAAUUUUGUACAGCCUCUCACCACAAGGAGGAAUACUUAGAGACGGUUUUACACGCAACACAUCAUAACCUCCAACUGAACAGCGAGGACGCAUCACGUCGACAAGAUUUGCGUUUUAAACUCGGACUGAAACACGAAAACUAACAGCAAUAUGGACUCUGUAAACACUUCCCUUGCCGAUUCCACAGAGAUUAUGACCGGGGUAAGUGAGUUUAUGGAAAAAUUCACGGACGAGAUCUUGGGGCACGGUAAGGUCUCCGUGCGUAAUUUUGGAGAACCGGGGUCUUUACGCAGCAGCGCACCUGGAUCAAGCGGCGACACUGUGGCUGAUCUUUCUGUCCUAGAUUUGCCUCUCGACACCAAACCGUAUACUGAUCACAUGGACGAAUUUUUGAAAGUCGAAUCCGGACACUGGAGCGUAAUAUCAAGCAAAGCCCUGAAAGAGACAUUUUCUCAAGAGAGCUCAACUGGGAUGGGUGCGUUUAUCAAAGACGAGCAGAAGCAAUCUCUGAUUUUGGAGCACCCCAGCACUGACUACGACCUAGGUAUAAACAUCAGCGAUCUGGAUGGCUGCUGUGACCCCGAUAACAAACCGCCGUGCGGAUACAUUGAAGACUCGACGACUUUGCUUUCAUCUCAAGGUGCGCAACAGGUGGUGGACAGUUCUUCCAACUUUCAGCUGGGCGUGAGUCAGUCUAACGCACUGGUUUUGCAACCUCGGAGGAGAGCUUCACCAUCUCUCGGUAGGGGUAUGGUGAAUUUCAAUGGUACGAGCCCAUCUCCAGUAAUGGCCAAAACUGACAUCUCCAAAUGGGUGGUCCAGCAAUCGCCUGCUGAUUCUCACUUCUGGUAUCAGUCCACUAAUGUGAAUGAAGAGCACGUUGGCUACUCCUCACCAGAUAGCUUUAUCCAGCGCACACAGACAGGUUAUGGUGUAUUCCCAGGCAGGGUUCCAUCUCAAAGACUGUGUGUUAUAUGUGGAGAUGAAGCGUCGGGUUGUCACUAUGGAGUUCUGACUUGUGGAAGCUGCAAGGUGUUUUUCAAGAGAGCUGUUGAGGGUCACCAUAACUACCUGUGUGCUGGAAGGAAUGAUUGCACUAUUGAUAAAAUCAGACGGAAAAAUUGUCCUGCUUGUCGUCUUAGAAAGUGCUACCAAGCAGGGAUGAUGCUCGGAGGCCGUAAGAUGAAGCGGUUCGGGGGUUUGAAGGUCAUGGGUUUGAGUCCAUCUCUGAUGUUCCAGAGUCCGCUGUCCCUUUUGGCUGAUGUUCAGAGCAUGUCCUCUCUGCCGUGUAUGUCGGCCAUCCGUGAGCUUCAGCUGUCUCCACAGAUGAUCAGUAUUCUGGAGAGCAUCGAGCCGCAGGUGGUCUACUCUGGCUACGACAACUCACAACCGGAAGUUCCCAACCUUCUUCUCAACAGUCUCAACAGACUUUGCGAGCGGCAGCUUCUCUGGAUUGUCAGGUGGUCCAAGUCUCUUCCAGGUUUUCGCACUUUGCACAUCAAUGACCAGAUGACAUUAAUUCAGUAUUCCUGGAUGAGUUUAAUGGUGUUUUCACUGGGUUGGAGGACGUUUCAGAAUGUCCCCACAGAUUUUCUGUACUUUGCUCCAGAUCUCAUCUUAAAUCACGAUCAGCUGAGAAGAUCUCCGAUCUACGACUUGUGCUUGGCUAUGAAGUUAAUUCCACAAGAAUUUGCCAACCUACAAGUGACCAAAGAUGAGUUUCUGUGCAUGAAGGCCUUGAUGCUUCUCAAUACUGUUCCUCUGGAAGGCUUGAAGAGCCAGUCGCAGUUUGAUGAGAUGAGACAAAACUACAUUUGUGAGCUGACCAAAGUCAUCCAGCUGAGAGAGAAUGGAGUGGUGGCCAGUUCUCAGAGAUUUUACCACCUGACCAAACUCAUGGACUCGAUGCAUGAGAUUGUGAAGAAGGUCAAUCUCUACUGUCUGAGCACAUACAUCCAGGCGGACGCUAUGAAGGUGGAGUUUCCAGAGAUGAUGUCAGAGGUCAUCGCUUCACAGCUGCCAAAAGUUCUGGCCGGGAUGGUCAGACCUCUCCUGUUCCACAAGUGAAGUCAUGAGAUCCUAGACUGAUUCUUUCAUUUAUAAAAUUUCAUGUGUAUGCUGCCAACCUUUGGUGUAUUGUUUUAAUCCUCAUUCACACUUAUUAGGCGGCUCUCUUUUUUCAUUAUCCCCAGAUGCCUAGUUAUAAAUGUAUAUUUAUUAUAAUUACACACAACAGUUGUUUGUUAGAAAUGGUUAUUUUGAAAUUUUACAUCUCAAACAAGAUAAUUUUAACGGACAAUGAGAGGUGAAAAUAUUUAUUAAUCAUUAUCAUGUGUUUUAUAGGCUAGUUGCAACAAGGACUUUUGAGUUAAAAUUACACAAAUGUCUAUUUAAUGUCUAUUUUAAUUUGUAAUUAAAUAAUGUCUACUCUA